AAGCCAAAAAAAGAAAAGUCUGCCAAGUAAGAAAAGAAUGGAGGAGAUUUUAGCGACCAUAGCCAUCGCACUAGCAGCCACGAUCUUCAUCGUUCUGUCAUUCUCAAUCUACCUAACGAUCAGAAUCUUCACCGGAAAGUCUAUACGCAACAAGGCGUACUCUCCAGUGCACGCCACGGUCUUUGACCUCUUAUUCCACAGCCAAGAGUUAUACGAUUACCAGACGGAGCUCGCUAGGAAGAAGCCAACCUUCAGGUUCUUGAGUCCCGGACAGAGCGAGAUAUUCACUGCAGAUGCUCGCAACGUGGAGCAUAUUCUCAAGACAAGAUUCGAUAACUACAGCAAAGGACACAGCAGUCGUGAGAAUCUUGCGGAUCUUUUGGGACAUGGAAUCUUCGCUGUUGAUGGAGAUAAAUGGAGACAGCAGAGAAAGCUCGCUAGCUUUGAGUUCUCUACUAGAAUUUUGAGAGACUUUAGCUGCUCUGUUUUUAGGACAAAUGCAUGUAAACUUGUUGGUUUUGUCUCUGAAUUUGCUCUCUCUGGAAAAUCAUUUGAUGCUCAAGAUAUGUUGAUGAGAUAUACACUGGAGUCUAUCUUCAAAGUAGGGUUUGGUGUGGAGUUAAUUUUUAAAGACUUUAAUCGAACUGACAUAAACGAUAGAAUAAAAGCCGAAAAACCGGACUGA